AUGGCUUCGCCCAAAUCACAAUUGUUGAUUAUAGAAAGUUCCGUCGAAAACUUAAUUGAAGAAGUCGAGAAAAAACCUGCGCUUUAUAAAAAAAGUUUAAAGGAGUACUCCGACGCGAAUAUGAAGAAAAAACUGUGGGAGGAAGUUUGCGAAGCAGUUGUUGUUGAUUGGAAUUCGCUUAGCGCUGAGGAGAAAACAAACAAAGGUCGUGAUGUGCAAAAAAAAUGGGCUAAUUUAAGGACUUGCUUUCGUCGCGAAUUAAACGCUCAAAAGAACACUAAGUCGGGGCAAGCUGCGAAUAAAAGGCGUAAAUAUGUCUACUUUGAACAGUUAUUAUUUUUACUUCCAUGCAUGGAAAACCGACUUACUGAAGGUAACCUGGAAGAGGAAAAUUUUCUAUCAAAUGAUGAGCAUGAUGAUCAAGCUGGUUCAUCCACUUCCACCCCUAUUCGUCAGCGGAAAAAGAGACCUAAUGUACCGAAGCAGACGGACGUGGAUGAAGCAUACCGACUUGUGUAUUAA